CUAUAUAUGUUUUAAUAUCAUUUUUGUCUGUGUUUGUAUAGAACCAUCAUAUUCUAAUGAAUGGAUGGAUCAAAUGGCUGAAGCAGAAAUAGAAGAGCAUACUUUAAAUGUAUGCAUUGGCUCAGACUAUCAGGCAGAGAUACCUGCUUUGAGAAAGAAAUCUUUGGCCGUCUUUGACCAAGAUGGAGCAGAUUUCAUCUCAGACCCCCUUGAGCAAGAAGGGGCUAGUAAAGAACAUGAUGAUUGGACACUGGAUGAAAAAGUUCUAUUAUCAAGAGGAAUGUCGAGAUAUGGAAAGAACUUUUUUAAAAUACACAAAAUGAUCAAAACAAAAACAACUGCCCAGUGUAUAACAUUCUAUUAUGCUAACAAAAAGCAUGCCAAGAUCGGCCGCAAGAAGAAUCUUAUAUUCUCUUCUGAAACCCCCAAGGAGGCUAAAACAUCUAGAAAGAGAAAGAUCCAAAGCGGCGAGGAACAUGAGGAAAAUGGCAACAAAAAGCCAAAACAUUCUCCUAGCAAGUGAAUGUAUUCCUCAUGAAGAGAUCUCAAACCCUCCCUACAAUCUUCCCUUUACCCAUGUUUUGUACCCCCCUCCCCUAUGUUUUUUCUUUUUCUUUCUUUUAUGUUUUUUUUAAUUAAAAUAA